CACAAAGCACUGCGCAGGAACAUGGCUGACUCUGUCGUCUGAACUGGGAUAAAUGUGCUGUUUCUGAACAUUACCGAGUGCCUCUCCGUCUGAACAACCAGCUUUCCACUUCUAUGAAGUCCUUUUUACAGAUUAUGUUCGUAUAAUCGCGCUGUGAGGAGCCGACAAAGUCUCUACGUUUAUCUCCGCAGCACCUUCCUGUGACACACGACCAGAGCCAACAUGGCAGGAGUUGUAGCCAAGCGUGAGGGACCACAUUUCAUCAGUGAAGUGGCUGUGAGGGGCAACGCCGCUGUGCUGGACUACUGCCGCACCUCCGUAUCCGCUCUGUCUGGUGCGACAGCUGGCAUCCUGGGCCUGACGGGACUCUAUGGCUUCAUUUUUUAUUUCCUCUCAGCGUUUCUCCUCUCUCUGCUGCUCAUCCUUAAGGCCGGACGGCGGUGGAACAAGUGUUUUAAAUCCCGGCGGCUGCUUUUCACCGGGGGGCUCGUCGGAGGUCUUUUUACUUACGUCCUGUUCUGGACUUUCCUCUAUGGAAUGGUGCAUGUGUACUAAAAUUGAUCCACCACAAAUAAUCUGAUUUAUCCCCAACUAAUGCUUAGUAAACCAAUAAUAUUGUCUGUCCUGCUGUUUGUAGAUAAGCCAUUAGUGAAAGACUUGAUUUUUUUCCAUUAUGAACUGUUGAUACAGUGGAGGAUGUAUCAAUAAUUACCAUAUGCAGAAUAAACUGUCCUCUUAUCCUCCCUGCUCCACAUUUAGCAGUGACUUUGAACUUUAUUUAACCUGUAACUCACGGUUUUUGCUCAGCAUCAUCAAUGAUAGGAUGAGAGCUAAUGUUUCUGUUUUUGUGUUACAGAUCCAAACAGAUUACAUCCUAACAUUUCAUGUACAAUACUAUUGUUAGAUUAAAAUAAAUGUGAUUAUUACUGAUUGGAAUAAAUUCCUAUGUACAACUUGUUUGCAUUCAUUAUUAAUCAGUUU